AUGGCGGCGUGUAGUUUUGAUAUGCUAUUCACUUAUGUCAAUACCGGAUGGGAAGGAUCAGCUGCUGAUUCCAGAGUGUUAACUGAGAUUUUAAGAAAUCCAGAUGACCCAUUCGUGGCGCCACUCCCACCAAAAUAUUACGUUGUGGAUUCCGGUUACAGCAACACGCAAGGCUUUUUGGCACCAUUUCGUGGUCAGAGAGAGGUGCUUUGGGGUCUUGAAAGCAAGAUGCACGCGCGAGAUGAUCCCCUAUUUAGACAAUAUGAGGUCGAUUUUCCCGUAGAAGAUAUUGAGGGAGAGGGAGAACAAGAAGGGCAACAGGAACAACAACAUGGUAUGGAUGCACAAGAAGCAGAAACAUCUGAAAUGGAUGGUCAGCAACAACGUAAUUACAUGGUUGAUUUUAGGGAUCAUCUAGCUAAUCAAAUGUGGGAUUCGUAUAGGCGACAAUAA